UUGUGCGCUCGAGGUCGGCUUCCUCCUGUCAAUAUACCACUUAAAUGUAGUAGGCUGUUACUGAGAUGCAAUGGAAAUCCUGUGAUCAUGGAUAAACAUCGAAUGAUUUUAUCGUUGUUCGUCUUGGCUGGCUGCUUUGGACUAUAUGAUGCCCUGCUGUGUAACUGCACCAUUGCCGCCUGCGAGAAGCAGGGCUACCAGUGCCAGACGGACGGCGCGUGCAUGGCGUCCACCUUGGUCAUCGAUGGCGUGGAGCAGCGCGUGCGGACGUGCAUCCCCAGCAACCAGCUGGUGCCGCCCGGCCAGCCCUUCUACUGCCUGAGCGCCGACGGCUACCUCAACACCCACUGCUGCUACUCCGACUACUGCAACAGCAUGGACCUGAAGGUGCACCCAGUGACGGCCUGGCCGGCGGGGAGCUACGCGGAGGGCUGGGGGCCGGUGGAGGUGGCGGCGGCGGUGGCGGGGCCGGUCUUCCUGCUGUGCGUGGUGCUGCUGCUCGGACGCUUCCUCUUCCAGCACCACCAGAGGGCCUACGGCCACCGGCACCGCCUGGACGUGGAGGACCCCAGCACCGAGCACCUGUACCUGGCCAAGGACAAGACCCUGCAGGACCUCAUCUACGACCUCUCCACUUCUGGCUCGGGCUCUGGCCUGCCCCUGUUUGUGCAGAGGACAGUGGCGCGGACCAUCGUGCUGCAGGAGAUCAUCGGUAAGGGCCGCUUCGGCGAGGUGUGGCGGGGGCGCUGGAGGGGCGGCGACGUGGCCGUCAAGAUCUUCUCGUCCCGCGAGGAGCGCUCCUGGUUCCGCGAGGCCGAGAUCUACCAGACCAUCAUGCUCCGCCACGAGAACAUCCUGGGCUUCAUCGCCGCCGACAACAAGGAUAAUGGCACGUGGACUCAGCUGUGGCUGGUGUCUGACUACCACGAACACGGCUCUCUGUUUGAUUACCUGAACCGCUACUCCAUGCCCAUUGAGGGCAUGAUCAAGCUGGCGCUGUCCGCUGCCAGUGGCCUGGCCCACCUGCACAUGGAGAUCCUCGGCACUCAGGGAAAGCCAGGCAUCGCUCACCGCGACCUCAAGUCCAAGAACAUCCUGGUGAAGAAGAACGGCACCUGCGCCAUCGCUGACCUGGGCCUGGCCGUGCGUCACGAGUCCAUCACGGACACCAUCGACAUCGCGCCCAACCAGCGGGUGGGCACAAAGAGGUACAUGGCCCCGGAGGUGUUGGAUGAGAGCAUCAACAUGCGCCACUUUGACUCCUUCAAGUGUGCCGAUAUCUACGCACUGGGGCUGGUCUACUGGGAGAUUGCUCGACGCUGCAACGCAGGAGGUAUUCAUGAAGAGUAUCAGCUGCCCUACUAUGACUUGGUUCCCUCCGACCCCUCCAUAGAGGACAUGAGGAAGGUCGUGUGUGAUCAGCGGUUACGACCCAACAUUCCCAACUGGUGGCAGAGCUAUGAGGCGCUGCGUGUGAUGGGGAAGAUCAUGCGCGAGUGCUGGUACGCCAACGGUGCGGCGCGGCUCACGGCCCUGCGCAUCAAGAAGACCCUGGCCCAGCUGAGCAUCGAGGAGGAUGUCAAGAUCUAAGGUGACUCCUGAAAGGAAGCGUGGGUGACCAUGUGAGAACUCAGCAAUGAGAUCCAACUGUCCUACUACUGCAAAACUAUCCUGCCAGUCAGAAAAAAAAGCCGCCGUCCACACUUUUGUGACAUGGCCUACCUCGCCUUCUUCUGCCAAAACUACUGAGUACUACAGUACCCACAGUCCUCUCCUUUUCCUGCCAGUUGUCCCAUGAUCCUCCACCCCCUACCUCCAGCCCUUCCUACUAAAAUGGCCGUCGACUGCAACUACUGAUCUUACUACUUUUACUGCAACUGCAACCACUAGUACUACACCCCCCCUCUGUGAAUAUAUGAAUAUGUGUAUUAUUUAUGGUGGGUAAAUAUUGCUGUAUAGUUUUGAAUUUGGUUUUAUUAUUUUUUCCUCAUUGUUUUUCAUGUCUAUUGAAGGUCUGGUGAAUUGACUCUUUGUGAUUCCGUGACCCAUGGUAAAUAGGUAGUAUUGGCUCAGAGGUUCCAUUAGGAUGUUUUUUUUUUUCUUUCUUUUUUUAAGGAACUUUCCAGUCAUCAAUAGGGAUUUAAAUCGUCCUCUUAUACGCAAGCAGAAGCGUAUCUCUCUUACACCGUCUCCAUGUUUCUCAGUAUGGCCAGCUCUGUUCUGCAGUUGGCGUGUUUUCAUUUGUCCUUUUUCCCCGUCUCGGGUUUAGCGUUGGGCGCGGUCGAUGCUGCGCGUGUCAGAGGUUAGUGGGCUAACACCGCUCAGUAGUGAGCACCGCUCAGCGCAGCCCGCUAAUCUGGAGCCCCAGCCUAAUCUGCAGCGCGCAGCCUAAUCUGGAGCCCCCGCCACCACAAACACCCCAUCUGACAGGCCGAGAGGGCACCGAGGGGCGUCGCGAGAAGGGCCGAGGGAGCGAGAGGGCAGGAGAUUACCGAGAGGGCCCGGCGACCCACCGCAGCCAGGGGGCAAGCUGCCGACAAAGACCAGCACUUCCACAUUAAGUACAGACAGCACCGCGCAGUCUGUAAACAGACUUAGCGCUGAAACCCCAUACGGAGACGGCUUUUUGUUUGAGUCCUCGAGGACCUGGUAGAGUAUCGACCAUAGGAAACUGUAGCCCACCAUAGAAACCACUCGUCACAUGACACUGGAGGAUUAAAGAGGUGUAAGUGAAUGAAGCAAAGUCCUACUGUAUGAAAACCUUUUAUAGA